AUGGUCUCCUGGAUUUUUAUCUUCUGGCUCUUGCAAAUUCCAAAAUUUGUUUCCAAAAGGAUAUAUAAUAUCAGUAGAUGUUAUUACAUAAUCCCUGAAGAAUUUCACCAUGAAGGAGAUGUUGUGAUUGGUGCAUUUUUCCCUCUUCAUACUUUCUACACUGACAAGAAAACAGUACAUUCAACUAUACCAUAUCAAUAUAUGGACUAUUACAUACAGUAUAACUUUAAGAACUACCAGUAUAUUCUGGCUCUGCUGUUUGCCAUCGAGGAGAUCAAUGGGAACCCCAAUCUUUUACCCAACAUAUCUCUUGGAUUUGAUUUCUACAAUGUCAGAUUCACUGAGAAGUACACUCUUGAUAAUGCUUUUAUUUGGCUCACAGCUCUUGGGCAGAGAAUGUAUUUACCUAAUUACAAUUGUAAAGAGAGAAAUUUCACUGCUGCACUCACAGGAACAUCAUGGAAAACAUCUGCCCAAAUUGGGACAUUGCUUCAACUCUUUAAAUUUCCACAGAUUACCUUUGGACCUUAUGAUCCUCUCUUGGAUGACCAUGAUCAGUAUUCUUCUCUCUACCAGAUGGCCCCCAAGGAUGGCUAUCUUUCACUUGCCAUUGUUUCUUUGAUGGUUCAUUUUAGGUGGUUGUGGGUUGGACUCAUACUUCCAGAUGACCACAAAGGAAAUAAACUACUAUCAGAUUUUAGGGAGGAGAUGGAGAAAAAAGGAAUCUGCAUAGCUUUUGUAAAAAUGAUCCCAGACACAUGGAUCAUAUAUUUUGACAAAUUCUGGGAAAAUAUGAAUGGGACAAAUGUAAUAAUUAUUUAUGGUGACACUGAUUCUCUAGAAAGUGUGAUGAGAAAUAUUGAACAAAGGCUAUUGACAUGGAAUGUCUGGGUAAUGAACACUGAACCUCAUGUUAUUGACAGAGCUGAUUAUUUCAUGUUAGACUCAUUCCAUGGAAGCCUAAUUUUUAAUCACAAGUAUAGAGAGAAUUUUGAGUUUAUUAAAUUUAUUCAAACAGUUAAUCCUACUAAAUACCCAGAAGACAUUUAUCUUCCUAAGUUGUGGUAUCUCUUCUUCAAGUGCUCAUAUUCUGACAUUAAUUGUCAUAUUUUGGACAACUGUCAAACCAAUGCUUCUUUGGAUGUAUUACCUAGUCACAUACUUGAUGUGGCCAUGAAUGAAGGGAGCACAAGUAUUUACAAUGGUGUGUAUGUAGUGGCACACAGCCUCCAUGAAAUGAGACUUCAGCAACUUCAAAUGCAAUCUUUUGAAAAUGGCAAAGAGAUGGUGUUUUUUCCAUGGCAGCUGAACACUUUCCUGAAGGAGAUUGAAGUGAGAGACAAAAGGAGUUUGGAUUGGAGACAGACAAUAGAUGCAGAAUAUGACAUUCUUAACCUUUGGAAUUUACCAAAGGGUCUUGGAUUAAAAGUGAAAAUAGGCUCUUUUUCUGCAAAUGCUCCCCAGGGUCAACAGUUGUCUUUAUCUGAACAAAUGAUACAAUGGCCAGAAAUAUUUUCAGAGAUUCCUCAGUCUGUGUGCAGUGAGAGUUGUGGGCCUGGAUUCCAGAAAGUAACCCUGGAGGGCAAGGCCAACUGCUGCUACAAAUGUACUCCUUGUGCAGACAAUGAGAUUUCUAAUGAGACAGAUGUAGACCAGUGUGUGAAGUGUCCAGAGAGUCAUUAUGCAAAUACAGAGAAGAACAACUGCUUCCAAAAAACUGUGAGCUUUCUGGCCUAUGAAGAUGCCUUGGGGAUGGCUCUGGCCAGCAUAGCUUUGUGCUUAUCUGCACUCACUCUCUUUGUUAUUGGCAUCUUUGUGAAACACAGAGACACUCCUAUUGUCAAGGCCAAUAAUCGAGCCCUGAGUUAUAUUUUGCUCAUCACACUCACCUUCUGUUUCUUAUGUUCUUUGAACUUCAUUGGCCAGCCCAACACAGCUGCCUGCAUCCUUCAGCAGACCACCUUUGCAGUUGCUUUCACUAUGGCUCUUGCCACUGUAUUGGCCAAAGCUAUUACUGUGGUCCUUGCCUUUAAGGUCAGCUUUCCAGGGAGAAUGGUAAGGUGGCUAAUGAUAUCAAGGGGUCCAAACUACAUCAUUCCCAUCUGCACCCUGAUCCAGCUUCUUCUUUGUGGAAUAUGGAUGGCAACAUCUCCACCAUUCAUUGACCAAGAUGCUCAGACUGAAUAUGGCUACAUCAUCCUUUUCUGUAACAAGGGCUCAGCUGUUGCCUUCCACUCUGUCCUGGGAUACCUCUGUUUCUUGGCACUUGGGAGUUAUACCAUGGCCUUCUUGUCUAAAAAUUUGCCUGAUACAUUCAGCGAAUCAAAAUUUCUGUCAUUCAGUAUGCUGGUAUUCUUCUGUGUCUGGGUCACCUUUCUUCCUGUCUACCACAGCACUAAAGGGAAGGUCAUGGUGGCUAUGGAAGUAUUCUCUAUCUUGGCUUCCAGCACAGCACUCCUUGCCUUCAUAUUUGGUCCCAAGUGUUACAUUAUCUUGUUGAGACCAGAGAAAAAUUCAUUUAAUCAUAUCAGGAAGAAAGCACACACUAGAGGGAAGAAUUUUCCUAAAAUAUAA